AGCCGUCAACUGGAAACGAGUCAAUACCUGCAAAGACCAACAACCCCCAUCCCCUAUCUCCACUCAGCCCACAUUAUUUUUCUUUCAUUUCCGUGGCUAUUUUGGCCUUUUGGAUUUCUCAAGCAGACCUCUCGAACUUUGACUUCGACUCGGAGUGUCCGGCGUCCGGUACCGAUGUUUUUGGAAGGGCGAUACCCCCAGCGAUGACCCUUUAAGCGGUGCAAUCUGCGACCCUCCUUUGUCUCGAGCCCCCGUCGCGCGUGGCACAUCAACGAAGGCCUUUUCGUCACUAUCCCCCUGUCGGCUCUGCAGCACCCCCAGCCGCCGUAGCGACAGGUCCAGCCUACCGCUCACCUCCGAGCGCACCGCAAGUCUAAUACUGACCACCGGCGGUUGCGACGAACUCGAAGAGCCAUUACGGCUGCUCGUCCGCACCCGUCCAGAUAGACGGGAACUUUUUCAGGCGCUCACCAUGCUCAUCGACGGAGAGAAGUGGGCUUGCGAGGCCUGUGUAAGAGGCCACCGCGUCAGCAAUUGCCAGCAUCACGAUCGGCCUCUCCAGCACAUCAACAAGAAAGGAAGGCCAGUAUCGCAAUGCCAGCACUGUCGGACGAUGCGCAAGUCGCGCUCGGCGCACGUCAAGUGCGACUGCGGGGAGAAAACACACAAGUGCGUGCACUUGAGACCAGUUGUCGAGGGUCAUAAGGAAAGCUGCUGCUGUAAUCAUGGCGGCCGCUGCACCUGCUCCAUCAAGAGGGAACCCAAGCUAGACACGGUCCCCGAGUCGGACUCGGACGAGGCCGCAGCCUCCCAGUCCAGGAGUUCCAAGGCGAGCUCGCGCGUCAGGCGUCGUGCUCACACGACCAGCUCGGACGCUGCGCUAUCGUUUGACGCCAGCGGUCACCACAAGCCGACAUACAGGCACGCCAGGGCUUCGCAGAAAUGCGGCCCGUAUCAGCUCAACCGCGUGCACUCGAUGACCAGUGCGAGCAGCCUGAAGAACCGGUCGAUGGACGACCUGUUUGGCGCUGGGGCAAACGGCGAGUCCAGUUCAGCGGCGGGGACCGGUUUCAGCGAAGAAGUCGCUCAGGCACAACGCAGGGUCAAGUCGGAGGCCACUUCGCCGCUGUUGCAGCCUUCCUCGUCGUUUGCCCAACUCAACGGCCAGCUCCCGCCUCUGGACCUCUCGAGCAUCAAGUAUCCGCCGUAUAUCCCCAAUAGCGCCGACUUCUUCGGUGCGCUGUCGGAUUACGAGCAGCCCAUGUUCAGUGCCGGACUGAGCGCGGCUUCGGUGGAUUGGAGUAACUACGAGGGCCUGGAACUGGCCAGCAAGACGGCCGACUUUGCCCCUUCGAGCUAUAGCCAGGCUCAGAGUUAUGGCGGCUUCGAGUUCUCCGGAUCGGAAAUGCCGACUCUGACGACUACUACUUCCACAUCCGGCGAAGUUUCGGAAGUGGAAGAUUUCCUGUCAAAUUCGCUCGACGAUUUUGACACGUUCAGCAGCGCCCCCGUCGGCGGCUAUAGCUUAGGCCAGACUCAGGUAGACAUGCUUGGUACCACGGCGGAUUUCGGUGCGCUGGACUUCGAAGAUUUCAACUUCAUGAAGAAGGACCCAAGCAAGUUCCUGCAGCCCUCGACCUCGGUUGCCGCCGACGACCCAACUUUGCUCACAACCAGCGCCCCCGGCUUCAGCACGCUGACGGCUCUAGACGAGGACCCGGCCUUCUGGAUGAGCGAUUACGGCAUGCCGAACCAAACCGAGUCGCCCACGGACAGCAGCAUGCCGUCGUUCUGGGACGGGCAAUAAUAAUACGGAAGAGACGAACGUGACGGUUUCUUUCCUGCCGUCUUUUCACGCAUACCCUGCCAUUCGAUGAACUGGAGCGAUGGUUUCAAGCAGCGAAUACCCUUUAUGCCACGUACAUAUUGACGUUAUCCACCGGAG